AGUCGCUGCUGCUCUAGCACUUUUACUUUCACAGUUCAAGAACAUCCGCUUUGCCAAUUCAUUGCUCGAUCGGUUCUGUUCUGUUCUGCACCCACGAAUUUCCAAGAAUGGCGCUCCCUUGCCCAGCAAUGGGUAGCGACGGGGUCGUUUUCAGGACCCUAUCGGGAGUGUUCGACAUCACCGACUCCGCCCUCUCCGUCGCUGAUCCCCGCUGCCAACGCAAGAACAAGAAGGGGAAGAAGUACUCUGCUGCUCCUGUUCAGCCGACUACGACUAAGAACGCGAAACAAAUUUCCGCCAAUUGGGAUCGCCGUCGGGUCAAUAGUGAGGUCAAAGUGCUUCCGCCCUCGAAUUCCGAUGUGAUUGUUGUAGCAGAAUCAGGACGCAAUCCGCCGCCGGAAUCUUCGUUGGAGAAGGAGGAGGAGAAAAUCGAUGGUGGAUGCCGCAUUCCAGGGCUCGCGAUGGAAGAAGCAGGAUCGGGAGGCACCGCGUCCCUGCCGCGGAAAGCAACGAGCGGUUUCGUAAUGGACGACAGGAGAAGAAGACUUGUGGAGAUGGCUAAUCGUUACCUGCGAAAGCACCGACCGUCGGAUGAUGCGUGGUACGGCGGCGGCGACGACGAAAGUCCGACAAAGAGGCAGAGGCUUGACAACUAAAGCGUCUACUACUACCCACAACUACGAACAACACCAGGAGAUUUGUGCUGUUAUUGUUUCUCUUUUUUUAGUUGAGGGAAGAAGAUGUGCAAACUGACUGAAAUUGAUUAUUUCGUUCAUUUGGGUUCAUAAAACUAAAAGUAAAGUCCUUUUUCGUAU